AUGCAGCUUCGUGAGUGGUACACUCAACGUCAGAGGGGUGGGGGUACUGGUCCUUGCACCUACGUCCUUCGUUCCGGCGACCGCGCGGGUGAGCAGUGUGGGGGUGCCCACCCCACUCAGCGCUGUUUUGGCCGCCUCACGGACGCUUGGCGUCAGAAGUUCCCCGGGGCUAGUGAGAUCCCUCGCUGGGAUGAGCUUCUUAGGGCUGGUGUAGCGAUCUUUGAUCUUGACUUUGAUGCUAUCCUUGCUGCUAUGUAUGCUGUGACUAUUAGUGAGGAGACUAAGGGUUACCGGUGUUUCCAGCCCGACCCGGGCAUUGGUACUGCUGCGCUAGGUGCUUGUGAGGCUGCUGCUCUAGGUGCCAGUACGUCUGCGCACUCAGGUACUGGUGAGACUGCGCUCUCAGGUACUGCGUCGCCCUCGUCCUCCCUUACUUUCACACUUGACUCUGGGGCUUCUCGCUCCUUCUUUCGAGACCGCACCACCCUUACGCCGCUUGGCCGGCCGGUUGCCGUCUCCCUGGCUGACCCCUCUGGGGGUCCUGUCCUCUCUCACUUCUCCACUGUCCUCCCGUGUCCGGCUGCCCCUUCGGGCACCCUGUCUGGUCUGUACCUUCCCUCGUUCUCUACGAACUUGGUGAGUGGCGCGGACCUGCAGGAUGUGGGGGUUCACCAGUUCACUCCUGCGAGUCAGCGGGUGACCCACUGCACGGAGGCACGCACAGGCCGACACCUGGCCACGUUCUCGCGUCGGCCGGGGUCGAGUCUCUACACCCUGACCGUUGAGUCUCCUCCUGUCCCUGCGUCUGGUCUGGUGGCUGCGUCAGGUCAGGUGCUUGCUGCUGCGUCCCGGACCUUCCUGUGUCCCCUGUGUCGAGGGUCGCCUCCGGGCUGCUCCUCACUCCUCCCAGUUCCCCCCGACAGAGGCUCUCUGCAGACGCUUCACAUGGACGUGUGGGGCCCAGCCCCCAUCCGUGGGCAGGGUCACGAGCGCUACUUUCUGUUGGUGGUUGAGGACUACUCGCGUUACACCACAGUCCUCCCCUUGCGCAGCAAGGGUGCUGUCACUGAGGUGCAGAUCGACUGGAUCCGCGAGGCUCGUCUCCAGCUCAGGAAGAGCUUUGGCUCGGACUUUCCUGUUCUGCGUCUACACCCCGACAGAGGCGGAGAGUUCUCCUCGCGCCUUCUGCGAGACUACUGUCGUGCACGGGGGAUCCGCCAGACCUUCACGCUUCCAGACUCUCCACAGCAAAAUGGGAUUGCUGAGCGCUGCAUUGGCAUGGUCAUGGAUGUCGCUCGUACGUCCAUGAUGCAUGCGGCUGCCCCCCAUUUUCUGUGGCCGUUUGCGGUGAGGUAUGCGGCGCAUCAGCUCAACCUUCACCCCAGGGUCUCUCGGCCCGCGAUGUCCCCAGUCUUGCUGUGGACGGGGAAGGUUGGCGAUGCGUCGGCGUUCCGUGUCUGGGGAUCUCGGGCGUUUGUCCGCGACUUGUCUGCGGACAAGCUAUCCCCUCGUGCUGCUCCCUGUGUCUUCCUUGGCUUCCCUACUGACGCUCCAGGGUGGCAGUUUUACCACCCCUCCUCUCGUCGUGUUCUGUCCUCCCAGGACGUCACGUUCGACGAGUGUGUCCCAGGUAGACGCAGUUGA